CCCCCAGAACGCUUCUCCAAUGGGGGCCGCCCUCGUGUCCAUGGCGACAGCGGUGGCGGCUGCUACAGGCUUGCUCUAGGAGGCGCCGCUGCCGCCGCCGGGAUCUCUGAGCUAGAAGCGAAACCCAGUGGGGGGGGAAGGGAGAGCGGGCUCCCCCUCGCGAUCGGCGGGGACAGUCAGUCCUGUGGAACAAGAAGGCGGUCCCGGAGGCCCAGAGACGCCCGGGAAGGAGCAGGAGCCGGGCGAAAGGCGGACAUGAGCGACCAGCCGAGUCCAGCCCCAGACCGCUAGGGGCGGACCCACCAGCCCCUCCCCUCUCCUCGGAAUCUCGGAAUCCAAGAGGAUGGAGCCAAAUACCUGUAAGACCAGCGAAUCAGAGUACGCUGAAGAAGAGGAAUCUGAGGAGGAGUGUGUUAAAGGGGAAGCUACCAUCCCUUCUAACUCUUCUCAGCAGGAACUCUCAAAGGCUGACUAUAAGGAAUUUGGGGAUGGAGUUCCCUUAUCUAUUGUGGCCAAGAAAAUUCCAAAGAAAAUCAUAGCCCCAGAUGACUUAGAAGUUGGGAGGAGAAAGAGAAGGCAGAAACGCAGACCCCUGGCCAUCAACCUGACCAACUGCAAAUAUGAGAGCGUGCGCCGGGCAGCCCAAACGUGUGGCUUGAAGGAGGUGGGGGAGGACGAGGAGUGGACUGUGUACUGGACAGACUGCUCUGUCUCCCUGGAAAGAGUCAUGGACAUGAAGAGGUUUCAGAAAAUCAACCACUUCCCUGGCAUGACAGAAAUCUGCCGCAAAGAUCUACUGGCUCGCAACCUCAACCGCAUGCAGAAACUCUAUCCUACUGAAUACAACAUCUUCCCCCGCACCUGGUGCCUCCCUGCAGACUAUGGGGACUUCCAGUCCUAUGGUCGUCAGCGAAAAACCCGCACUUAUAUCUGCAAGCCAGACAGUGGCUGCCAGGGACGGGGCAUCUUCAUUACCCGAAAUCCCCGGGAGAUCAAGCCAGGAGAGCAUAUGAUCUGCCAGCAAUACAUCUCCAAGCCCUUCCUCAUUGACGGCUUCAAGUUUGAUAUGCGAAUCUAUGUCCUGAUCACAUCCUGUGACCCUCUCCGGAUUUUCAUGUAUGAGGAGGGCCUGGCCCGCUUUGCCACUAUGCCCUACGUGGAGCCCAGCCACAACAACCUGGAUGACGUCUGUAUGCACCUGACCAACUAUGCUAUCAACAAACACAAUGAGAAUUUUGUCCAAGAUGAUGCUGUAGGCAGUAAGAGGAAACUGUCUACACUCAACGCCUGGCUGCGAGAACACAGCUACAACCCCGAAGAGCUGUGGGGCGACAUUGAGGACAUCAUCAUCAAAACCAUCAUCUCAGCUCAUUCUGUUCUUCGCCACAACUACCGAACCUGUUUUCCCCAAUAUCUGAGUGGAGGUACAUGUGCCUGUUUUGAGAUCCUUGGUUUUGACAUCUUGCUGGACCACAAGCUGAAGCCCUGGCUGCUGGAGGUAAACCACUCUCCAAGUUUCACCACUGACUCCCGCCUCGAUCGAGAAGUGAAGGAUGCGCUUCUCUGUGAUGCCAUGACCCUUGUCAACCUCCAGGGCUGUGACAAAAGGAAGGUGAUGGAGGAGGACAAGCGGCGAGUCAAGGAGCGGCUUUUCCAGUGCCACCAACAGCCACGAGACACCAGGCGAGAACAGAGGGAGUCGUCCCAUGUGGCGGUACUAGAUCAGGAACGCUACGAGGAUUCCCACCUCGGAGGAUAUCGGCGGAUCUACCCUGGGCCUGACAUGGAGAAGUAUUCACCUUUCUUUAAGCACAAUGGCUCCCUCUUCCAGGAGACUGCUGCUUCCAAGGCCAGGGAGGAGUGUGCCAGGCAGCAACUGGAAGAGAUCCGCCUUAAGCAGGAACAGCAGGAGACCUCAGGCAGUAAGAAGCGGAAAGAAAGCAGGGACCAGAACCAGGGUGAAUCAGCAGGGGAGAAGAGCCGAUCCAGGGUCGGGCUCCGGGCAUUCUCCACCCACCUGGCUUACAGGAACCGGACCCGGGAGAAAGAGCUGCUGUCAGUACACCUGGAUACCAUGCAUCCGCAAGAAAUUGUGGAAGAGGAGGAGCUGGAGAGAAUGAAGGCUUUGCUUCAAAGGAAGAAUCUUAUCCGAAGCCUCGGUAUUGUAGAGCAGCUCACUCGCAUGCUGCAGCCCAACCACCAGGGCCAGAGAAAUCUUGAGGAGUAUGGGGCUAGAUUUCACCAGGAUAGGCUGGGCAGUCAAGAACUGCAAUCUGUGAGUCUGGUCCCAUUGGUCCUCCUGAGAGGGGCCGCCAAAGUGCAGGGCCCUCCUCAUUUUCUGUAUCCAGUUCGGAUCCAAGAAUUCAUCCCCAGGAUCUUAGGGCCCCUACCAACCAUAAAUGCUGCAUUUCCACAUCAUUCCUGGUGCCAUCUACAGCCCAAGAACUUCAACUGGAUAGGAGAUCCAGCAGCCAUCAGCCCCUGUUCAUUGUCAAUGAAGAUAUCUGGAAGGCGCUAUUUUUCCAGGGCGAGAGUCAGGUUCACAAGCCAAGGCCAAGCCAGCAGAAGGCUCGAAGCCAUAAACAGAGCUCUGGCAGGAUCAGAGUCAUCCUCUCUAACCCUAAAGCAGGGCUACCAUCUGCAACCAGAAAGAGUGGCAAGUAGCUCAUGGAUUGACAGCACCUUACCCUCGGAGGUAGACUCUGAACACAGGGCACCCAAGGCCCAGGGUCUCUGCCCUGCCUCUGCCCCCCUGAUGCUGAAUACCACUGCACUCCUUGACAUCAGCCACCACAGGUAAACGCAAGAUGGAAGCCCAGCGCUCAACCUCUCCUGGAGAACCUCCUCAGGUUUCCAAAGGGGCAGAGGGCCUUCAAUUUUUGCUAAAUGAAGAGACUGCCACCAAAGCUUUGGUUUGUAAAGCCCUGGCCACGAACCCCAUUUGCACGAGGCAAAAACACAAAGAAAUCAAGAAUUCCUCAAUACCCUAAGAUUAUUUUAUGAUCCGUAAAAUAAUUUUAAAAAGAUGAAGAGGAGCCUGGGUCGGCCACGUGCUCAUCCCCACCCUUCAAACCUUAUCCUGGAUUUAUUGCUAGGUGAUGGGUCUGAGCCCGGGGUGCAGCCCGGGACCGGAAGUUAUCCUGGCGACAGGGCGCCCCUUUCCCAGAGGAGCCGAGUGCCCACGGCCCGGGGCUGUCGCCCUCAGAGGACCGACGAAGGGCACGCCCUUCUCGCCGCCGCGGCGGAGACCGGACGGCCUGGGCAGAGGGGCGGCUCUUGGCACAUGAAUCCGUCUUUUUAUUAAAGUUUAUGGCUUUUUGCAGGAGCGUC